CAGCGGUGGAGGUGGGGGUUCCUACAAUAUAGGAUCCGCUCAGUGGAGAUCUUCUAUAUAAGAUCCUUCUCCUGAUUGACCCGUCAAGGAUGAAUAGGGACAAGAUGGCGGAGAGUAUAAUAAAUCUCACCGUAGAGCUCCUCUUCUGGCUUACUAGAGAAGACUACACAGUAGUGAAGAAGACCUCUAGUGAGCAUUGUCAGGACCCUGUGCCUGAAGGAUGUGGAAGAACCCUGAGCCCAAUCAUGGGGCCUCCACCUCGCCUGAUACAUGAGGAAAUCCAUACAGAGAAGAUCCUAGUACUUGCCAACAAGAUGAUUGAGCAGCUGACUGGAGAGGUUCCUAUAAGGUGUCAGGAUGUCACCGUCUAUUUCUCCAUGGAGGAGUGGGAGUAUUUAGAAGGACACAAAGAUCUGUACAAAGAAGUCAUGAUGGAGGAUCACCGGCCCCUCAAACCACCAGUUAAGGAAGAGAGACAACCACCAGAGAGAUGUCCCAGUCCUCUUCUUCCACAGGAUAAUGAAGUAGAUGGAGAUAAGGGCCUCAAGAUAGAGGAUCACUGGCCCCUGACAUCACCAGUUAAGGAAGAGAUAAGAACACCGGAGAGAUGUCCCAGUCCUCCUCUUCCACAGGAUGGUUCAGAAGAACAUCACAAUGUCCCACAGGAUGAUCAGGUUCUGUACCCGGGUGAAGAUAUGAACAAUAUUAAGGCUACAGAGACAGCUGUGAGGGGUGAUGAGCAGAGUAUAGAGGACAUUCCUACAGAUAACCUCCCAGGUGACUGUAUUGGGAGCUCAGAGGAACAUGUGAUAUCUUCACAUUUUAAAGCAAAUAAUCAUGGUACAACAGCAGAUACAUAUGAAGAACAUGUCAUUAUCUCAGAUAUACCCUUAAUCCUUACAGCAAAGGGUCCAUCAUCUGAUACUUUCAAACAGGUCCAAUUUUCAAUUCAUCACAGACUGUUAAGCAAAACAAAAGUCUCGAAGAAUGCGAACAACACAGCACUCACUCAGGGGAGAAGCCAUUUUCAUGUUCACAAUGUGAAAAUGUUUUAG